UAGAUGUUCACGUAUCAUGACACGUAUCACGAGUCUUGACACUUUUGACAGUUUGACAUCUGCGAGCGUGUGCGAGUGCUCAGUACGCGUGAAAAUUGAUCGUAGUCAUAUUCGUGCGAGAGUUGCCUGCCGCCUGAGCCUAACAUGGGCGUUCCUUUUGUCGUCUGCAGUGUGCCAGCUGCAGGGCACCCGAAGGAAAAAUGAUCGCAAGUCGCGAGUGCUUGUAGCCGGAUGGUACUGUUAAGGCCGCCAGAAGUCGACGCGCGGACGAAGCCGCCGUUGGAGACACACGGAUAUUCAUUACUCAUGCUGACAAAUCUCAUUUACUGCAUCUCCGUUCGCUGUUCAGUGAGAGUGCCGUGAUAACAAAGGACACCUCUCGCACGUAUCGUACUCUGAUCUCUGAUGAUCGAAUGAAAAAGUCGCGGAGGAAGAGGUAGUGGUGCGAGGCUGCUUCGUUGCCUUUUCUCUUCACUGAAGCUUUAAGAUUUUAAGGAGGUCACUCUUAAAGUCGAUCGAGAAUCUCAUUGCCGAGCCGUAAGGUUAUGCCGAGUCGCGAGAAGAUAAAGGCAUCAAGCACUUGUUAUUUAUUAGUUAUUUGAUAUAAGGAGAAGGAGAGAGAAAAGGAGGAAAAAGCGCGUAAAAGAAAGAGGAGCUUUGUGGAUGAUGAGUGACAACGCGUUCGUUUGACAAGCUCUGAGUAACUAAAGUACAAGAUCCCUGUCAGCCGAAUCAGCUGAUCAGCUGAGAGGCUAUGAGAUUUAAUUAGGCCUUAGUGAAUAUGCAUAUUUAUUGUAAGUGUACACGAUAGAAGAUAUUUGUUAAGACGUGACUCUGUUGGCGUGAGAUAAUCGUGUGUGUGCAAUAAGUAGAUAAGAUUACUUUGCACAAAAAGUGCAAGAAGUGGCUGAAAAAUGUCGAAUAAUUCAACGGUGGUGGGUACGUCCAGGGGCGGUGGUAGUCUUCAGCAGAAUCGAAACUCGCAGAGAUCCACCCUCCUGAAAGUGGUGAUUCUUGGAGACGGUGGUGUUGGAAAGUCCUGUCUCAUGAACCGAUUCGUGUCGAAUCACUUUGACGAGCACAGUUUUCACACCAUCGGAGUGGAAUUCUUGAACAAGGAUAUCGAGAUCAACGGCGAGACGUACACGUUACAGAUAUGGGAUACCGCCGGGCAGGAGAGGUUUAAGACCCUCAGAACGCCGUUCUACAGAGGCUCGGAUAUCUGUCUCCUCACCUAUGCGGUAGACGAUAGGACGAGUUUUGAGAAUUUGAAAUUGUGGAAAUCUGAAUUUCUUAAGUUUGCGGACGUUCAAGAAGGCUCCACGUUUCCAUUUAUUGUUGUUGGCAAUAAGGUGGACGUUCCUGAAUCUGACAGACAAGUUUCUACGGAAGAAGCUCAGGCAUGGUGUUCAGAGAAUGGCAGUCCUCCGUUAGUCGAGACAUCGGCGAAAGAUACUACUAAUGUUGAAGCGGCAUUUGGGACAGCGGUCGAUGCAUGGGCACGGCAGGAGGCUAGAUUAGAACGGCCUUUAGUGGAAGAUACCGUCGAUCUUUCUAAGCAACAGUCUCUGCAUCGUUCGAGCUGUUGCAUGCCUGUGUCCGGUGCUGAAUCUACAUUUGCGACCAGCUAAUUGAAAUGGAUGAUAACGAGAAAACCCAUAUAGGAUCUUUAUGCGAUGCAAAGCGACAUUUCUCGAACAAUUAUUUAAAAGUUUCUUUAUGUUUGGGAGAAGUACACAACGUUUACUCUAUUUAUAGGAUCUAUAAUGGCAGUUUUAUACGAUAUAAGUGUAAGAGCUUAUUUUCCUUUGUUUCGCCUUCUGUUUCACCCUUUUGUUUGCAUACGUUGUAGAGAAACGCAUAACUCAUAAAAGUUCACUCAUAGUCCAUAGAAAAUUCGACUGCUUGCAUAAAGUCCAAAGUAUCCCUCCUCAGUUCCAUCUUAGACAUUUGCUUUUGCAAAUUAUACUUAAGACACCAUUUUCUCACGUUUGGCAUACUUUGUUUCUAGGUCUAACAAAGUAAUUUGAAGAGAAUCUCUUGCCUGUCUACAAUACUUUCUUCAUUAUACGGCGAACCGUUUUUUUUCAUUGAGACUGGAAUUGCGUCGGUUGUACAAACGGGAGAUGUAUCGUUUGAAUUUUUUGACUCGAGACCAGUUAAGAUUCCCAAAGAGUAUAUGGACUACAUUUAUAGGAUAUAUUGUUAGCAAAUAACGAGUUGGCUUGCUUAUAUUUUUCUUUACAAAAUCUUAACGAAAUACUCUCGAGUGAAAGAUUGCGGAGAUUGCGUGUGAGACAAAUAAUGUAUUGUGAUUGAUAUUUCCAGAAUAGAACUCUAAGAUAUAAUAAGAUCAAGUUGAACGUCCUAUUCUAUCACGCUUUAUGCAGCUCUUGAGCUACAGCCGACAGUAUUUUAAGUGUUUCACACUCACCACUUUGGCUUGUGAUAAAAUGAUAAUGAUGAAUAUUGUGAAUUGCUUUAUCAUAUUGAAGGUGUAGGCGUAAAUUGUAAUUUUAGCUUCGUAAAUCUAAAUUUGCCUUGUCCUCGCGACGCACGUCCAAGAGCAGUAAAGCGACGAGACUCUCACUCAAGCAAAAUCUCUUAUUGCGGAUACUCAUAUUUAUACAUGUGUGAAUUUAACGCUUGUACAAAGUGCGAUAUAAGUGCUUUCCUGCUCGUGGAAACAUUUCGUAUUCAGUGUCUAACGAUUUUCCUACACUAACACUAACAUAACAUUACGAAAGUGAAGCUUUUUGUACGAUUGUCAACGCGUUUCUACAGCUGCGUAUCUUUUUUGUCCAAAAGAUACUCGAUUCUCUAGAGAUGCCUCAUACACAGCACAAUGGAAAAAAUAUACAUAUAUAGUGUCGUUGCACUUAAACGAAGAAACAGUUUCCAACGACGAUGCUCGAAUCGAUUGUCUAUGAAACAUGCAUGCUGGUGCUUUUUAUAUAUAGCUAAAUGUGAAAUAUACAAAUCUAUAGUGAAAUAUAGAAUAAUAACGCGCGUUAGUUAAGGUGUUAAGUGCAUAAGUUAAACUGAUCAUAUCAAGGUGACGAUCUCACCUCAGAAUUACCACACACACACACGCGGAUAUCAUUUUUACAAAUAAUAAGUUUCUGCGCGAGAUCUGUUAUUUUUAAAAAGCUAUCUUUGCAUACACACACACACACACAAUCUUGUUCGUGAAGAAAACGCGCAUACCGAUUAUUUAUUAUUUUUACACACUCAGUAGGGACAUGGCUAUUUCUCGUAUAUGACUUAUGUAUAAUGUGUGUAUGCCUUAAGAUUUUAUAAUCCCGGGAAUCGAUUUUGCAAGAGGAGAAAUAAACUUAUACUGUGCUUGUUUAAAAAAAACA